AUGAUCCGACUCGAGGGCAAUGCACUAUUGUAUACCGUCUCCUUGCUCACAUGUCUCGGAUUCCUUCUCAUAGGCUACGAUAAUGGCUUGAUGGGCGGUCUUGUCAAUGGUCCAGCUUUCGAUGGCACAUUCAAUAUUGACCAAGACACUAAUGAGGGCACCAACAUGAUAGCUCUCAUCGUCGCUAUUUACGAAAUUGGCUGCUUCAUUGGAGCAGCGAUAACAAGCUUCAUUGGAGAGAAUCUCGGGCGGAAGAAGAGCGUCCUCAUCGGAGUCAUCAUCAUGAUUGUUGGGGCGCUUCUGCAGGCAACUGCAUACAGCAGAGCCCAUAUGAUCGUCGCCCGUAUCGUAUCUGGGGUGGGAAUGGGCUUCAUCAACUCGACUGUCCCGGUUAUGCAAGCGGAGUUCAGUCCCAAAGCGACGAGGGGCAUAUAUGUGUGCGCUCAGCUCUCGACGCUGAAUUUCGGCAUCAUGUUAGUUUACUGGGUGGACUAUGCCAWGUCCAAGAUAGCUGGGGGUCCUAGCUACGCCUGGAGAGUCCCGGUCAUUCUGCAGUGCAUUUUCCUGAUCCCCAUGCUAUUCAUUCUGUGGAUCAUUCCAGAGACUCCACGAUGGCUAGUCUCGCACAACCGUUCCGAAGAAGCUCUCGAUGUUCUUCGAAGACUCAACAGGAAAAAGAUGAGCGAAGAUGCCAUCAUUCGUAUGCACUCUGACAUUGUUAACACUGUUGCUUACGAAGCCUCUAUCGGCUCCGGGAGCUGGUCGGAUAUUGUGAAGAGCGAUGAUAUACAAUCAAGUCGCAGAUUCUUUAUYGCAUGUGGUAUUCAGGCUAUGCAACAGCUGGGAGGCAUCAACGCGUUGAUUUACUACUCGAACACAUUGUUCCAGAAGAGCUUAGGUUUCGACGCGGAGCUAUCUUCCCUCAUGUCCGGAUUUCUGAACACCUGGUUCUUUGCGGCCUCUUUCAUCCCGUGGUUCCUAAUUGACCGUGUUGGACGACGCCCCCUUCUGCUUUCCAUGAUCAGUGUAAUGGCCGCCGUGAUGAUAUGCCAGACUGGUCUCAUCUGKAAUGUCGAGCAGGAAACGUCCAUUGCUAAGACAUGUGGUAUCGCAGCAGCAGCCAUGCUCUUCAUUUUUCAAGGAGCAUUUACAAUAGGCUUCCAGGCGACGGUCUGGGUCUAUCCGUCUGAGAUUCUGCCCUUGAAGCUUCGACAAAGGGGUUCCUCUGUCUCGACCGCGUGUAACUGGAUCUGCAACUUUGCCAUUGUGUACAUCACCCCUCCUGCGAUUCGCAAUAUCAAGUACAGAACAUAUAUCAUCUUUGGGGUGCUCAAUACACUGUGGGUUCCAAUCAUCUACCUCUUCUUUCCGGAAACAAAGGGCAUGUCUCUUGAAGAGGUAGACAGUCUCUUUGCUAGGAACGAAGAAGCGCGACGACAAUUGAGCGUCGUCGUCCAUGACCAGAAGAUCGAUGAUGUUGAGCAGAUUGACGACAUUGCAUUGUCUAAGUGA